AUGAGGAAUUGUAUUUAUGCAUUUCUUACGUGCUACCCACCAUAUCUCUUUCGUGCCGAAAGACUGGUCAUUACGAGUGGCGAAAGUCUCCCUUUUUAUGGCGUCUAUCAUCCUCCAUCACCUUGCACUUUUCCCAAGGCUGAUACAAGUCCCCAUCGGGUCACUAUUACUGGCGAUCUUCCACAUUACGGCUUUUACCAAGCAAAAUAUUGCUCGCAGGAUAUUCCCAUUGCUGAGAUUCUGAGCUCGGUGGUCAAAGGCUUAGUAAUGUUCAAGGAAAAUUCGAAUCUGAAAGGCAACCGCUAUAGCCUUGCAGAAGGCAGAUGUCUGAAGCAUAUCAAGUACCUAUCAAGUAAACGAGACAAGAACUCUGCAAUAAAUCUCUCCGAAACACUGGGAUUUUGGAAAUGCUCUCUAUCCUCAAUAUCAGAAUUAGCUUUUCGAGAUGAGAUUUCAGUGGGGGGAAAAUACAGUGGCUUUGCCCCGCAUUCCAGCUCAAGCAAAAUUAGGAUAACUACGGAUCAGCCAAUAAAGAUGAACGAAAUCCUUAAGUAUAAUAUUUUUUACAGGGGAUAUAAGCCCGUGAAAAACCAGGCACUUGGCUUUUAUCGUGGCGAUCUGCAUCUUUUCAAACAGAACAAAGAAAAAAAAACGUGGCAUCUGAAAACGAGUCUCUAUCCCAACGUGCGGAAUGGAGUGUUGAUUGCUAACUUUUUGGCCAAAAGUGGUCAUUAUGUGCUUGACUUUCUUGAUUUUGCCAUUGUUGUGACACAAACUGAUGAAAACACUAAAAGUACUGAUGGUGAUGGAGAAAUAAUUCUUUUGGAGAAAGAGGUCAAAAGGAGACGUGGGAACUUGUUUUGCUUUAUAUCGGGAAUCCACUUCGAGCGAGCUGACGGUAAUAUUGGAGAAUAA